GGAAAAUGUACUUUUUUUCACAAUUGUAUAAAUAACUAUACAUUUUUAUAAGUUUUUAAAAUAUUUUUAGUGAAAAGAAAAAGAAAACAAAACUGUGUGCGAUGGUUUCACCAAAACCCUUCCCAUCUUUAUCGUCUAAACAACAAGAUGACUUGGUUUAUAACUUACACCAUUGGUCAUUAGGAAAUGGGCUUGUUAUGUUUCCCCCAAAUUUUAAAUCUUAUCAACCAGUUAAUGCUCCAGUGACAUUAUUUCCAACUCCAUUUCCCAAAAAUUCAUUCAAUGAUGCUUUACGAGUUCAACCAUUAUUCAACGAGAUUUAUUCAAAUAUAUCAUCUUUAAAAAAUGAAGAGUGGUUAUUAAAUAUUAUUUCUGAAUUGUCUAAUUUCGAUAGGGAUUUCACUGGAAGGUUAUUAGAUUGUUAUUUGAAAGCCAAAAGCAUUGGUAUCACUCAACCUCUAUCUUUAGGUUUAUUUAGAUCAGAUUAUAUGUUAAACUCUUCAGAUAACCAAAUCAAGCAAAUUGAAUUCAAUACUGUUUCUGUUUCUUUUUGCGGAUUGUCUUCAAAAGUCGGAGAAUUGCAUUCUUAUUUAAAUAAAAUUGAUGCUUAUGGUUCUCCAGAUUAUUACACAGAAGAUGAGUUGCCAAUAUCUGAUUCCAUUAAUGAAAUUUCAAAUGGUUUGGCAGAUGGUAAUUAUUACUAUAAUAAAUUUGAAACACCCGAAGCUGAAACUGUUGUUUUAUUUAUUAUUCAAGAAAAAGAAAGGAACGCAUUUGAUCAAAGACACUUGGAAUAUUCAUUAUUGAAAAAUCAUAAUGUUAAAUCUUACAGAUUGCAAAUGGACCAAAUUCCUGCAUUAACUAAAACUGAUCCUAUAACUAAGAAAAUAUAUUACUUACCAACUAACAAGGAGAUUUCAGUGAUAUAUUAUAGAGCUGGGUAUGCCCCAUCUGAUUUUAAAUCUGAUUUAGAAUGGAAUGUUAGAACUGAUUUAGAAGUUACCAAAGCAAUUAAAUGCCCAACAUUAUUGACACAAUUAUCGGGCUGUAAGAAGAUUCAACAGGUUUUAACUGAAAAAAUAGUAUUAUCCAAGUUUUUGAAUAGUAAUGAAAAAAAAGAAUAUAAUAAUGAUGAUAAUGAUGAUGAUGUUAACAGAGUUUCAAAAACAUUUGUUAAUAUUUACCCAAUGGAUGAAUCUUCAAACGGCUUAAUUGCUAGAAAAUUGAUUGAAAAAAAUCCUAAUAAUUUUGUAUUAAAACCCCAGAGAGAAGGUGGGGGCAAUAAUAUAUAUAAAGAAAAUAUCCCAGGUUUUUUGUCAACACUAAAAGCUGAAGAGUUUGGUAGUUAUAUUUUAAUGGAAUUAAUUAACCCACCAACCUAUGAAAACAAAAUAAUUAGAAAAGAUGAGAUCUAUAGCGAAUCAAUUGUUAGCGAGUUAGGUGUUUUUGGUACAGCUGUUUGGAAUUCAGAAACUGAUGAAAUUUUAACAAACAAAGUAGCUGGCUAUUUAUUAAGAUCGAAAUUCAGUACAAGUGAUGAAGGUGGUGUUGCAGCUGGAUUUGGCUGUAUUGACAGUAUUUAUCUUUAUUAGUCUAUAAUCUUGAUUAAAUAUCAAUAAAUUCUUGUUUUAUUUAUAUUAUUAUUAAAAUUAUAUCAAAAGACCAAAACAAAGAAUAAAAAUAAAAUAAUAAAAAUGAUG